UGAAAGCGAAAAGACUCUGAGAGUGAUGAUGCUCAGUCAAGUUUCACUCGCCCACAAUGUCCUAAGACAUCGGAUCGACCAUCUAUGUCUAGCCAUCUACAUUCAUCCAAGACAGCUAGACGACCCCCACCUUCUUAUGACUAUAUCACUCAUAUAAUAAAACAAGAAAUAAGAGGUGUUGAAGAGAGGCUCCGAGGCGAGAUGUCAGAUCGCUUCGAUCGAGUAGAAAGGAAAAUUGAUUUAUUUCUCCAAUUGGCUGGACAAGGUGGAGUUCAGUCGGAAAGAAGCAAAUUUGAUGAUCGUGCUUUUAGUAAAGGCAAUCAACAGAACAAAGAGACAAGAGAGCGAGAUGAGGUAAUUAUUGAAGAAUGCUUUCAUGAAGAAGUCACACCGAAUAAGCAAUCUGAGGCUUUUCCUACAUAUGAUGAUGGAUUUCUGCCAGAUCCUUCAUCUGCUAUAGUUUUGUACCAACAACGGCCUUUAGUCUGGACUGAAGAGACCUUUCGAACCUAG